GGAGGUCGGGGUGCCUGUUGGUUUGGAAGUUUUCAUUCUCUGGUCCAGCUGUUUGGGGCUGUUGAAGGGCGUCACUCGGCAACAUGCACCCCAGGGCAAAAUCCCGUAGCUGUGACAACUACCUGAGUAUUAAGGACUCUGAGUCCCUGGACAGCUGUAUCCAGAGCACCCUCUCGGCCCUGUACCCCCCCUUCAGCGCCACCGCCGCCACAGUCCUCUGGCAGCUCUUCAGCGUGGUGGAGAGGCAGUACCGCAGCGACGGCCUGCGUUGCCUGGUGGACUUCUUGCUGCCUGCCAAGAGAAUCCUGCAGCGCAUCCAGCAGGAGACUUGUGUUCGUUUCCGGGGCCUGCUGCUCUAUCACGAGGGCUGGCCGCUGUGCAUCCACGAGAAGGUGGUGCUACAGCUUGCUCCGCUGCACAAGGUCCGGCUCAGACAGGGCGACUUUUACCUCCAGGCGGUUCCUCAGGGUCGCAAGAACGUCAAGCUGGUGAUAAAAUGCCUGUCGGCGAGUGGCCAGGCGAUCGCCGAGAUCCCCGUGCCGGAGAGCAUGUAUGGUAGCAUCUUCACCGGUGACUUCCUGCAGCAUGUGACCCGCGAGCGAAACCUUCACCCGCUGCAAAACUGCCUGCUCACCACUGGCACGGUCGUGUACCGCACGCCGUGGACCAACGUCAUCAGCCCACUGUUUGUCCGCAGCACCACUGACGCCAUCAUGCAGGCGCGCUGUGGCCCUGCACUCCGGGGCCAGCUCAGUGCCUGCAGUGCCAGUGGCUCCACCAGCACCCUGGACAGCCGGCGCAGCUCCCGCGACUCCCUCCACUCGCAGGGGGCCGAGUCCACCAUGUCGGAGCCCAGCCCGCUGAGGCGCCACUCAGAAGCCGGGGCCGACCUCGCCAUAAUGCCGGGGGCUGCAGAGGACCGAGGGUAUGCCAGAGGCUUUGCCACUUCGGAAUAUAAAUGUCUUGGCUCGAGAAUGAGCCAGUCAUCCUCAGUUAUCCUCGAGGGUGGUUCGGGGAAGGGCGAAGACCGAGGGUCCAAGGAUAGGGGCAGCGGUGGACAUCGGACCUUGUCUUUCAGCACGGACCUCAGUAACCCCAGUCCCCGCCGUCGCCAUCCCCGUGACUCGGCGUCCUUUGAGACCCGAAGACUUUUCCGUAAGUCCUACAUGGAGGCCCUGCAGAACCCUAUGAAUCUUGGGUCCAGCUCCGAGUCCAUCCUGGAGGAAGUCUCAGAGCAGGGCACUGCCUCUGUCCCCAAAGAUGACAGCCCGCCUUCCUCCAGUGGAGACUCGGGUGUCCGCAGCAGUCAGAGAGACCGCCCUGGCCAAAGGAUUGCCUCCCAGACAUGGCUAGGGGGCCAGGAGUCUCGGUUACACACGCCAGUUGUGCCCAUUCAGCGAGGACUUAAGAAUUCUGAACUCGGGAGGUUAGAGAGGCGGUCUAAGUCUCUUGAGCGGACAAACAAGUCAUCGCUGGCAAAAGGUCACAGGGCACGCUCCUCCUCUGGAGGGUCGGACAGCAGCCCUCUGAAGAAGAACGUGAACGGAUAUGCCCUGAAGUUCAGGAAACUGGACUUGGAGGUGACGUUUCAAAGCACUGAGAGCCGCUCCGUUAAGGAUGAUUCAGGGCCUCACGGGUCUGCCUCUGACACCGAGCACCGACGGGACAGCCAUACCGGGGUCCCGCCCCAGUCUCCCAAGUCAGCUGCCACGUCCCCUAAGCAGCAGUUUGUGCUCCCGACGGCACCCGCUGCUGACGACACUCUGCAUCUGCCCAGGCUGGUGUCAGAGGUCAAUCAGGAGUUACUGUCAUCGGGGGCUGUCGUCCUACCGGGUAACCGGGACCGCAGCGGGCGAGCGCUGUUACAGGUGUGCUCUCGCAACGCAGUCUGGACACGGGAGGCAUUCACAGCCAAAGAAAUGGCCUCUCUGAUUGGCUACUACUACACCACGCUCCGGAGGGACUGGAGGGAGCAGGGUCUGACCUUCCUGGUGGACACUCGCAGGCAGCAGCCCAGCCCCACUCUGCUCUCGUCCCUGUCCGAAAUCCAGGCAUUGAUGCCUAAUGCACUUUACUUGGUCCUGUUUCUCGUGGACAAGGAAGCCGCAUCCAAGCUGGAGAGGGACCUCCUGGUUCAGUACGAGCUGCUGACCUCUCUGAAGGCUCUGCAGAAGCACGUGGACCCCAGCCAGCUCACCCGGGACCUGGAGGGCAGCUUCACGUACGACCACAGUCACUGGCUCCAGUUUAGAAGGAAAAUCGAACCAUUUGCCGGCAGCUGCAGGUCGGCUGUCUCCUCCCUCCGGGGCUCCAUCGCCACCCUCAAUGCCAGUGGCAAACUGCACACUUCAAAGGACGUGGCGGAGAUCAUUGAGCGUCAGAGGAGCUUGAUGAAGAGUGUGCUGGACGACACGCACCUCAACCGGCUCCGACUGGAGGGCGGAACCGUGCUGGCCCGCAUCAGGAAGGAGGAGGCCAGCGAAAACGACAGCUACAGGGAUGCAGUGGACAUGGUGAACAUGCUGUACAACCAAGUAGAUGAGGAGGUCCACAAACUGGUGAUCCUCUCUAACAAGUCCCUGAAACAGCUGGAGAGCCUCCUGGAGGUCCGCAAGUUCGAAGAGGGGAGCGACCAAAUCAGACUAUGGUUCAGCGUUGAGGGGGAGAAGCACCUCACCUCCCUGGACUCCGUCAACCUGUCGCUCAAUGACCUCCGACAGAUGAAGCAGGAGAUGGGCUCCUUCCUCGAGGAGGCAGCGCAACACCAAAAGCACGGUCAACAGCUGAUCAGAGAUUCCCCCUCCGUGCCCAGCUCAUCCCUGCUGGACUUAAAGCAGUACCUUGGCACCGUAUCGGGUCGCAUCGAAAGGCGCAAAGCUGAACUUGACGUCCUGCUCAGCCUGUACGAGUUCUACGACUCGGUUGAUCAGUGGAUGGAGCACUGCCAGAACUACUUCCAGCAUCUGAGCAUGGAGAGCAGCAGCGCCCCAUAUCCUUCAGCGGUGGUGCAGGUGCUGCAGGACUACCACCACGAGGCCUCCAAGUUCUCCCCGGAGAACUUCAGCUCCCUCAAUGCGAUGGUGCUGAACCUCAGCAGUGAGCGUGAGCUCAGUCAAUGGAACAACAUCUGGCAGAAGUGCCAGAAGACGCGGCAGGAGUUGGAGGAGGUCCUGUCCAAAGCCAUGGCAGGUCCGAAACACCCUGUGGAGACCGGUGAGCCCUCAGGUGUGGCCACCUGCUUGCUGCCCAGCAUGGCACCUUCAGAAUCCAGAGCAAUGUCUGCCUUGGACCACGAGGACACCAAGGCCCCAUCUCCGGGCCCUUUCUCCAAGAGCCAGUCCACCUUGUCCUCGGCCCUCUCUCCGGUUUCCCCCGGCUCACCUGGGAGCGACGCGCUGGGUCUGUGCCCGUCUGUGUUCGACGACACAGACAGCGACUGCACCGUGGACUCGUCUGCCUCCUGCCAGUCUGAGCCGGUGGUCUCUCACGCCACGCGGCACCGCAAGCAACCGCUGAAGAAGAUCAUGAAGAAGACGAUGAGCUAUGACCUGUCCACACGGGACAGCCCGCACGGCUACACCGGUGUCUACAUCAAGGGGCUGGAGGUGGCCCACAACGUGUGCGCCGACAAGAGGCUGCAGCGGCCCGAUGUCAAGAGCCCCCCACUGGGCCGCAGCCGCAGCAUGUCCUCCCCCCCUGGGGUCAGCUGCAUGCACCAGGAGGAGGACCCUCGAAAGCAGAGCAACAAAGUCCAGCACAUCAUGGACGAGAUGAUCGCUACCGAGAGGGAGUAUGUGCGAUCGCUCAGCUACAUCAUUGACAGCUACUUCCCCGAGAUGGAGCGGCCGGACCUGCCGCAGGACCUGCGCGGAAAGCGCAGCAUCAUCUUCGGCAACUUGGAGAAGCUGUGCGACUUUCACAGCCAGUACUUCCUUACGGAGCUGGAGCACUGUGCCCACUCACCCCUGUCCAUCAGCAGCUGCUUCCUGCGGCAUGAGGAUCAGUUCGGGAUGUACGCCCUCUACAGCAAGAACAAGCCCCAGUCGGACGCAUUGCUGGCCAGCCAUGGUAAUGGUUUCUUCAAGAACAAGCAGCUGGAGCUGGGGGACAAGAUGGACCUGGCCUCCUACCUGCUGAAGCCCAUCCAGCGCAUGAGCAAGUACGCCCUGCUGCUGAAGGACCUGAUCAAGGAGUGCGGCCACUCGCAGGAGCAGGAGCUGAGCGACCUGCGCACCGCCGAGGAGAUGGUCAAGUUCCAGCUGCGGCACGGCAACGACCUGCUGGCUAUGGACGCCAUCCGUGGAUGUGACGUGAACCUGAAGGAGCAGGGGCAGCUCCGAAGUCAGGACGAAUUCAUAGUCUGGUGCGGGCGCAGGAAGUACCUCCGCCGUGUCUUCCUGUUCGAGGACCUCAUCCUCUUCAGCAAAACCAAGAAGAUCGAUGGUGGUUAUGAUAUCUACAUCUACAAGCAGUCCUACAAGACAGCUGAGAUUGGCAUGACAGAGAACGUCGGGGACAGCGGCCUACGGUUCGAGAUUUGGUUCCGGCGGCGGAAAUCCCAGGACACCUUCAUCUUACAGGCCAGCUCGGCAGAAGCGAAGGCCGCUUGGACCUCCAUCAUCGGCAAGAUCCUGUGGAGGCAGGCUUUGCGAAACCGAGAGCUGCGGAUGCAAGAGAUGGUGUCCAUGGGGAUCGGAAACAAGCCUUAUAUGGACAUAAAACCCAGCGAGGCCGCCAUCAGCGACCGAGCCAUCGACUACAUCAUGAAGGGCUCAGAGUCCCGGAGCCGAGCCUCCGUCGCCGUGUCCACGUUCGACCACUCCACCCCCUUCAAGAGGCCGCACUCCACCAUCUCCAACAGCAGCACCUCCUCCUCCAGCAGCCAGUCCUCGUCUUCCCUGCUGGGCUCCCUCAACCUGCACCUCUACCCCUCCCCCGCCCACCCGCUCCCCGGGACGUCCUCCUUCGGGCACUGGCCGUACGACUGCAUCGAGGAGGACGAGCUGGAGCAGGACAGCGGCAGCCAGCCCUCCAUGGUCACUGAGAGCUCCGAGACGUCCUCCCAGGGCACGUCCAGCGACAGUGUGACGGGGCUCAAUGGCCUCACGCUCCCGGCCGGCCCCAGUGCUCCCAUGGAUACCUUCUCCAGCGACACCACCUCCCUCCCAUGUUCAUCCUCAUCCUCCCCACGGCAGGGGCCUCCGCGGGCCCUGUUUCAGAAGGACCAGGGCCUCCAGCAGCAGAGCAACAACUUCAUUAUGGCGAACGAUACAUCUCAUAUAACAAUAGGCCUCUCGACAGCCGUCUGACUCAAAGAGGCAGCUCACUGUGAAGCCAUGGAAUACGCGACUCACGGGAGCACUGAACUUCACCCUGCCGUGACUCUUAUUUCGUCAGGAAUUACUUUUUGGGGGGCAUAUAUGAUAAUUAUGUAUUAUAAAUGAAAAGUCUAAUGUCUAUGCAGUACUAAAAAAAGAGAUAAAUGCUGGUACGUUAAGAAAUGUAUAUUGGAUUAGCUGACUAGUGCUGUAAUACUGUUUAUAAUGUAGAUGAGCUUGUUUUAUUUCGUUUACAAGGAAUAAAAGAGCAACGAUAACAA